GCCAAAAAAUUCUUAGAAAAUUAAAGUCUUGGACAAAGAAAGCGAUAUUUCGUCAAAGUGAUAAAAUUAUAGAACCUUUGAUGUUAAGGAAUCGACCACAACAACCAUUUAAUAAUCGUAAUAGUAUUGCAAGUAGCAUUUAUAGUAAUUAUUAUCGACAAGAGUCUGAAUUUCAUGGAGGUCACGUUGGAGGAAAUAUGGGAGGAAGAAUAAAACGAUCCAAAAGUUCACGGUUUCAUACACAAAAAAAUACUUCAAUAAGAAGACAAUCCAUAAUAACUUCAAUGCCAAUCUCUUCAUCAUCCGAAGAUACAUCUGAAAGAACUACUCCUUUAUCAAGACCAUCAUCACAAACUUCUCGUUUACCGAGACCGUUAUCACAGAUCUCUCAAAUAACUUCAAGAAGUAAUAAUAUUGUUUCACCUUUACCUUUACCUACGGUUAUUGAAGAGAAUAAUAUGAAAAAUACUCAGUUGGAUGAUAUUCAAAUAGCAUGUAGAUUAUAUGAAGUAUUAAGUUAUCAUGAGAAACGCGAUGUCGUAUCAGAAAAGUCAAUCGCAUUAACUCCAGAAAAUAAUAGUUUUAAUGAAGAAAGGCGUCAUAGCAUUUAUUCAGAAGAAAGAAAUAAUAGUACUCAUACUGAUGAAAAUAUCAAUUAUACUGAAGAUAAACGUAAUAGCGUUUAUAUUUCAGGAAAAGAAUCUCCCAUAAUAUUAGAGUGUGAAUUUUGUCAUAUUCAAUCACUUUAUCAAAAUAAUAUAUAUAUGACUCGUUCAAGUAAUUUAUCCCGUACUUCAUUACCAACUUCCGACAUUUAUUCAUAUAUUCCAAUCGUAGAGACCACACAAAUGACUAUAUUAUGUGAACAAGAUCAAGAUUACGUAAUCGUAAAAAAAAUGUUUUUUGCUGAUAUUCCACGAGCGGAAAUUAAAGGAAUAAUCCGAUUGGACAUGCCAACAAAACUUGUUAAAGCUCAUGAAAAAUACAAAAAAAGAAUUGCUAAAAAAACUGGUAUUAAAAUUGAGUAUAUUACUCAUUCGAUGUUUCAUGGAACUACUUCAUCAUUUGAAUGCAAUCCAGAUCGGUUUUUACAAGGAAAUAGUGAAUUCUGUAAAAAAGGAUGUGGCGUAUGCGGUAUCAUAAGGCAAGGAAAUAAGAAAAAAUACUCUAAACAUUCCAAAA